AUGCGUACAUUCGCUAUCAUCCUGGCAUCCGUGCCAGCCCUUGUGCUCGGCCAAGCUGACAGCUUUGGACUCGGGUCUCCAACUACGCUCGCUACUCUUACAAGCCCACCUUCGGUGCCUGCCAUUCCCAGCAUCACAGGCUUCAAGGUUCUUCGUCGGACGGAAGCCACACCAUGCCCAACAACCACGACUGCUGCAGGUCUACUUGACGUUCUCCGCCGAGAGGAAGACAGUGCGGAAGGUUCAGAAGGCGCUCCAUCCACGCAAGUCGAAGCACCACCGUCCAACAACACCGUCGAGAGCAGCCCUGCGGAGCCCAAGAAAAACACCAGCUCUUCCCCAGCCGAUAGUGGCAUGCUGUCGAACCUUCCUAUCCCACUUGUUGGCAACCGCGACCUUGGCCUUCCCAGCCUGGGUGGUGUCCUCGGUGGCUCGACGUCGUCCAAAGCUGCAUCCACGACAACUAGACCCGCCGACACCGCGAUCACACCAGCGGCGAAUCAGACCGUGCCGCCUCCAGGAGCAAACAAUGGCACCGCCCACAACGGCACCAUUGCUGCCAACGUGACGUCGAGCUCCACUUCGUACCCAUCCCCGAAGGUCACAAAAACCGACUUCCCCUUCGACUCUGCCGCAGUCAACGGAGCUCCGUCCACAUCUGCAGCAGAGCCGUCUCAGACUGUGGCUGCCCGCGAUCUUCUAAGUGCGCUUAACUUGACCGACAGUUCCUCCGACAGCUCUACUUCUUCGAACUCAACAUCUGGACUUGACACCAACUCGAAAUAUGUCUGUUCAGCAGACGUUGUUGCCUCGAACUCGACCAAUGCCUCAAACGCAACUAUCACUGGGACUGCAUCAUCCGCAAACGCUACGGAUGCGCCCAAGACUGCUUACCACUGCUACUUGAGACAUCCAAAUGGAACGAACACCACCACAACUCAGUCGGCGACUGGCACUGGCACUACGUUCCUGACCAUUACCACCCAGGCAGCCAACUUGACGAAUGCCGAAGUUUCUCAAACCACAACGGACACCUUUAGCGUCACCUCCCUGGCCACCCAUCCCGCUUCGACAGAGGCCUCGGCGACAACAUCCUCUGGAACCAUCGCCAACGAUUUGUUGGCCGCCGUAACUGGUGUUCUAAGACUUUAA